CUGACGCCGAUAGACCCGGAAGAGUGUUACAGUGAGAAGAUAGGGAAGAAUAUAGUUCUCCAUUUAAUUCAUUUCGGACUGAAACUGUUUGAUCACAAAACAAAAUCAAACCUUGCUUGAACGUUGUCUUCUAAUCUCAAUUGCGAGAAUGUCGGCGUCAGCUAUAUUUAUUCUCGACGUGAAAGGAAAGGUGUUGAUAUGUCGGAACUAUAUGGGGAACAUGGACAUGGGUGAGAUUGACCACUUUAUGCCCAUCCUGAUGAAGAAGGAGGAGGAUGCAGACGUCUCUCCCUUGCUGACCCAUGGUGCAUCACAUUUCCUGUGGAUCAAGCACAGUAAUUUAUACUUGGUGGCGAUGACAAAGAAGAAUUCCAAUGCUGCUCUGGUGUUUUCUUUCCUCUACAAAAUAGUGGAGGUGUUCAAGGAAUAUUUUAAGGAGUUGGAGGAGGAGAGCAUCCGGGAUAAUUUUGUGACUGUGUAUGAGCUGAUGGAUGAGGUCAUGGACUUUGGUUUCCCCCAGACAACAGACAGCAAGAUCCUACAGGAGUACAUUACACAGCAAGGGCACAAGCUGGAGGUAGGCGCACCCCGGCCCCCUGCAACAGUCACCAAUGCCGUGUCCUGGAGGUCAGAGGGGAUCAAAUAUAGAAAGAAUGAAGUCUUUAUGGACGUUAUUGAGUCUGUAAAUCUGCUGGUUAGUGCGAACGGCAGUGUGCUACGCAGCGAGAUAGAGGGCGUUAUCAAGCUGAAGGUGGUCCUGUCCGGCAUGCCAGAGCUGAGACUGGGCCUCAACGACAAAGUGCUCUUCGAGAUCACAGGGAGGGAGAAGAGCAAGGCUGUGGAACUGGAGGAUGUGAAGUUCCACCAGUGUGUCCGCCUGUCUCGCUUUCAGAACGACCGCACCAUUUCCUUCAUCCCGCCCGACGGCGAUUCUGAGCUCAUGUCCUACCGGCUCAACACAACGGUGAAACCCCUCUUCUGGAUUGAAUCUGUGAUAGAGAAGUUCUCCCACAGCCGUGUGGAAAUCAAGGUCAAGGCUCGGAGCCAGUUUAAGAACCGGUCGACUGCGAACAAUGUGUCCAUCAUGGUACCAGUGCCCAGUGAUGCCGACUCCCCCAAAUUCAAGACCAGCAUGGGCAGUGCCACAUGGGUACCAGAGAAGAACGCUGUGCAGUGGAACAUAAAGUCAUUCCCGGGAGGAAAAGAGUACAUGAUGCGAGCUCACUUUGGGCUUCCCAGUGUGGAGAGUGAUGAAUUGGAGGGGAAACCACCCAUAACAGUCAAAUUUGAGAUCCCCUACUUUACUGUGUCUGGGAUCCAGGUGCGCUACCUGAAAAUCAUUGAGAAGAGUGGUUACCAGGCACUGCCGUGGGUGCGCUACAUCACACAGAGCGGAGAUUACCAGCUACGGACAAACUAAGGGCAAGACUGUGAGACAAAUGAGUCUUUAUGCACUCUGGCACAUUUUUUGGUCCUGAAAUGGAGACACGGUAGAGGACGAAAGGAGAUGGAUCUGCAUCUCACAUGCUGCAGUCUGCGUUCAUGGGACUCCAUUCUGUGCUGGUUCACAAACAACUGUUUCUACAAAAAAAAUUCCUUAGACUGGCAGUAUGCAUUUCAUAUAACAAUAUUUUUCUCACAGAUGUAAAGAUAUUUUUUAAAGCAUUUUUCUGAAUGCCGCAUUUUACAAGAGGUCAGAACAAACUAAACUAGUGACAUUUGCAACUUCAUGGUAGGUAUAAAAACCUUUGGAUUAUUCAGUAACAUCCUUGUACAGGAUGAAUCAGCUGAUUUUUAUCUUACGUCAUCACUCCAGGUUAUGCCUUUAUAGUCUCAAUUCCAAUGUAAUGAACACCACAUUAGCAAGAUAAAUCAUUAACAAAAGCACAGUCUUGUUACCGUGGUUACAUUACACAAUAUUUAUUUGUGUCUCUGCGCUAGGAGGCUGGGUUUGCAAUGAUUAUGGAAUCAUAAAGAGUGGGGAACUUCUGUUACUGUCAUUAGACAUAAGUACAAAAAGGUCAUUUUUCUAUCAGGUGUGAAAUAAGCAUGUAAUGUCAAGUGCAAUAAGGACUCCCAGAGCUACUGAAGUGAACUAACUGAAUGUACUGUCAUCUCAACAUUUGUAUUCAAAUCAAAAGAUGUGCUACGCAUUUUAUGCUUGUGGAAGGUAAUCAUCCACCGUAGAACAAUCCAGAAGGAUAUUCAACAGUAAUUUACACCUCAUUUAUAGUGUUGUACACUGAAGCAGAAGUUGUUGCAAGUGUCCAUUAAUUUGUAACUUUGCUGAGACUGCUAUAAAAACACCGGCUUAAAAAUGAGCGGAAUGUGGGCCUAAGAAAUUAUGGGGCACACAGAUCACUGUGGACACAUCCUGAAAGGUGCACAGUGCACCCAGCAGCCAGUUUUGAAGGCAGUUUAUUACUAAUGGGAAUGUACUUUUUACAUGCUUGGUUCUUUCUUGUUCAAUACUUUGUUUCCCCUUUUCUCAUUUAUUUAUGUGGUAUUUUCCCAGUAUUCUAAACCCACAUCUUUCUCAAUGGCAAAAAAUUCUGCAUAGGAAAUAAAGAUUUUUAGUAGUCAUGCAUUUGACAUGUAAACUUUUUUAUAAGGGAACACUGGUUACUUCCUGAUUCUUUUGGGUCAUCUGUAAUGUUGUAUCUUUUUAUUCAGUUCCUGUCUUAUUUAUAAAUGACUACACUGCAUGACUGUAGGAUACAGUGUUGGUCCUUUUUAGCAAAUAAACUACUUUAACAUA